AAAGGUCCCUUCCCUCAAGUUGGAGCCCAGGUUUAUUGGUCCAUAUCCCAUCAUCAAAGUAAUUAACCCUUCUUCUGUUCAUCUCAAACUUCCUGAUAAUUUCAAAAUUUCUAAUUCUUUUCAUGUUUCCCCCCUGAAACCUACAACACAGGUGCACCAACAAUCCUUUCCUCCCCAGUAUUGGUUGAGGGUCAGCCUGAAUUCAUUGUCCAAGAGCGAGCCUAGUGCGAGAUGAAAUCUACAUCUGUAAGAAAUGAUAAAAAAAGCAGAAGUGGAGACCCAGGGAGCAGUUGUAUGUGACACGGAGGAGGCAGAACAACACUGAGAAGGAACCAGUCAACUGGGCAGAAAGACAUUCCAAUCCAUUGGCACAAGAUGGACAGAGGGAAGCAGCAAAAUGAUUUUGAUGAGAUAUAUGAAAAUUUCACUGGCACAAUGGAACCAACUGAGUCUUCAAGGAAGAAAAUGAAGGUUCCACAAGUACCCAAAGAAGAAAACCUCUCACCAAAAUUUCUGAAGGCAAGUGAAAUGUUGAGGAGACAGAGGAGACUCCUGAUGGUUCUGGGGACCCUGCUGGUCAUUGCCUUUACUUUCCUGAUAAUCCUGACCAGCCUCAUGUUUAUCUACUAUAAGGAAAAAAAUGACCUUCUAACCCAAAUAGCAACCAUAAACCAAACAAUUGAUGAGCAGAAAUACAACCUUCUAACACAAAUCACAACCAUAAACCAGACACUGGACUCUUGUAUAUCAGAGACUAAGAAAAUUAUAAAGCAUAAAACCUUACAGACAUUACAAAAAGAGAGACCUCAGUGUGAAUCUAACUGGAGAGCAUUUGAUGGAAGCUGUUAUUAUAUUGUUACAACUAAGAAGAACUGGGAGGAUGCUCAGGCCACUUGUAAAGCAAUGAACAGUGAUCUGGUUAUUAUCACCAGUGAGAAGGAACAGAACUUCAUUGAAAGAAUUACUGAUGACUCAAAGUUUUGGAUAGGCCUCACAAGGGAUCAUAAUGUGUGGAGAUGGCAGGAUGGAACAAUCCUUGUUCGAUCAGAGGGAUUUUGGUACACGGGUGAGCCAAAUAAUGAAGCAGGAAUCGAAAACUGUGUCAGCACGUGGAUAGACAAAAAGUGGAAUGAUAUUUUUUGCACUAAUCAGUAUAAAGCCAUCUGCGAGGAAAAAAUACUAAGCUGUAUAUAGUUAUGGAGGUGUAAAUAUUGUUUUUUUUGAGCAUCUUAUUACAAUAUCAAUAUC